AUGGCACCUCGACGCGUGCAGCGUGCUGGCUCCCAAGUCACCCGAAACACCGAGAAUUCUGUCAACCCCGUCUCAGAGAAUACCGCAUCUAUCCAAGCACAACCUGAUGCUUCGAUGAAUCCGGGCCCAGCUGAAGAAACAGUUGAGGAAACAGCUGUGUUGCAAGGCGAUAGCCCUCGAAAGGGGGCUACUGGGUCCACAACAACAAACGAUUCUUCAUCGGAUAAUGAAUUUGCCGAACUCCGGACCAGAUACGCCAACAAAAGCAGGAACUCAAGAGAUUACGCAUGGAAAAUAAAAAGGAGGGCAUUGCAAGAGCUUAUCGAUUAUGAGAAACGCAUCCAAGAAAACCGAAAAACCGCACCCCAGCCUAUGCCAGAGCCCACGCACGCAUUGAAACCGCCAGCACCCCCAGCACAUGUCUCGGAAUACAUGGGAAAGAACAUGCAGGAAUAUCAGACAUUUAUCGCACGCAUGGAAACCCAUUUCGAACGAAAUCGCUACUACUUUACUAAUGAUACGACGAAAGUGGUGGAAGGUACGGCACAUCUAUGCGCAACAUUUAUCCGCCUAUGGAGGCAACACGAGGAGGAAGUCGCCGAUAAACCUACCUGGGAGGACUUUCGCAAAUUUCUACUACGCCAAUUAAACGACCCUGUUAACCUGCGAAGAGAUGCGAGCCAACGCUACCAUGACGCCAGACAACAGGAUCACCAAAACGUGCGGGAAUUCGCAGCUUACCUUAACCAAUGGGAAGUUCAGCCCCAGAAGCAUACACAGAAAAUCAACGAAAGGAUCACCUCCGGACAAGAGUCAAGCAAGACCUGCGACAUGAAGCGCUUAAAUACCCCAACGAACCAGAGACAUAUGAAGGCUAUAUCGCCCACCUCCAAACAAUUGAAGAUUCCAUACCGGGUCGACGCAAGGAAAUAUCGCAAGCGAAGAAUAGAGAAGCCAACACAGCUUAGCUAUGCGACACCGGACGACGACCCCAGGCAACACGGAAAGACAACAACCUUCCAGUCAACGGGGCCCAGACAAGCCAUGGAGAGGCAACAAUCGCGCCUUUAG